GCACAUCACGUCACUCGUAUCCCACGGAUGCCCCGUAAAGGGACUUAGAAUGAAUGGAAGGGAGAUAGUCAAAUUGAAUGAAACAACUGUCUUCUGUUUUCUUUAAUUCGUCCUGGAUCGUCUCCACCACGUUUACAGGGACAAGAACCAGAAGGGAGGAACAGUAGGGGGAGAAAUAAUGACGUUUUUCUUAGUCAACCAACGUUAACAAGCUAACAAGCUAACGUUAGCAGACGUUAGCUCCAGGCUCACAUAGCCAGCAGCAUCAGUAACGUUACUGUAGCUGCUUAUAAUACAAUUUAGGAAAAUGUACUUUCUCUACACAAUUAUCGCGUCUUUAGUUUCUUUUUUCAUAUUGAAAUGGAUGAAAAAGAGGAGGUAUUGCACCGACCUGAAAAGACUUGAUGGCAAAACAGUCCUUAUUACAGGUGGGAAUUCUGGCAUUGGCAAAGAGACAGCUGUUGCCUUGGCAACGAGAGGCGCCCGUGUCAUCAUCGCUUGCAGAGACCCGGACAAGGCUGAGAAGGCUGUGAGGGAGAUCAAGUUUAAGAGUCACAGCCUUAACGUCCUUUACAUGGAGCUGGAUUUGGCCAACCUUCACUCUGUGAGGGAAUUCUGUAAGAGCUUUCUCCAGAGAGAGAAGAGGCUUGACAUCCUGAUUAAUAAUGCAGGCAUGCCCAGUGUCCUUGACUGGACGGACGACGGCUUCAGCAUGUGUUUUGGCGUCAACCACUUGGGUCACUUCCUCCUAACCAAUCUGCUUCUGCCUCGCCUGAAGGAAUGUGCCCCUAGCCGCGUGGUCACCCUCACAUGUUCUAGCUACAAAUACCAGAAACUGGACUUCCAGGACCUCAACUACAACCUGCUGCCCUUCUUCACCUACUGCCGCAGCAAGCUGGCCAACAUCUACUUCAGUCAGGAAGUGGGCCGCAUCACUGAAGGGAAAGGAGUGACCUCCUAUGCUGUGCACCCUGGUUUUGUCCAAAGUGGUUGGACGUGCCACUACUCCAUCCUGUUCCGGAUGCUGAUGCAGGUGAUCAUGUGGAUGUUUUUUGUGCCGUGUGAGAUUGGAGCUCAGACUGUCAUCUACUGUGCAGUGUCAGAUGAAGCUGCCAAAAACAGCGGGGGUUACUUUGUCGACUGCCGACCGGCUACUCUGCGUCCUUUCGCCAGAGACGCUGGUGUGGCAAAAAAAUUGUGGGAGGCCAGUGAGAGACUGGUGAAACUGGCUUGAUGGUGGAGGCUGGAGAACUGAUUUUAAGAGUUAUUCAUGGUCAUGUACACAUUUUUUAUUUAUUUAUGUUUAUCAUUAACACUUUUGUUGUGUACAGUGCAGAUGUAAAUAUGUAUUGUUCUCUUAUGUGCUACUCUGUAUUCAAAGAGGAAAACUGGCCUGAUGUUGGAGGCUGGAGAACUGAUUUUAAGAGUUAUUCAUGUUCAUGUACUAAUUCUUUAUUUAUUUGUUUAUCAUUAACACUUUUGUGUGCAAUGCAGAUGUAAAGAUUUCUUGUUCUCUUAUGUGCUACUCUGUAUUCAAAGAGGAAAUGUUUUGCACAAAUAAAAGACCCCUUAAAGUUUU